AUGGGCCUGAGGCUUGAGGUGCCAAUCUUUGGCCCCGCUUCUGCGGAAGCCGCCGUGUUGGCUGGAGCUUCCCGCAUAGAACUGAAUGCGAAAGGGUCCUAUUCAGCUGGCGGUCUUACGCCAUCAAUUGAGGAACUUGCGGCGCUGCAAGAACUGGAAGUGCCGAUCCGUGUGAUGAUCCGGCCUCGAGGACCACCAAGCUCUGGCGCUAAGGACUUCAUAUACUCCGAGGUAGAGCUCGAGGCGAUGGAACAAUCAAUACACAAUUUCAGAGCCUCAGGAUUGAUGGAGAAAGAUAGAGGUGAUGGCUUCGUAUUAGGAGUUCUGCGAUGGACCGACAAUGAGCAGACGGCAGCUGGUCCCAACGAUCAUCGUGUCGUUCUGGAUGUGGAAAACUGCAGGCGCUUGGCAGAGGCGGCCAGGCCCUACAAGACUGUAUUCCACCGUGCCUUCGACGAGCUCGUGCUGGCGGCACAAUCACGGUCGGCUCUAGAAGUGCUUGCGGCAUGCGGCGUCGACGGAGUACUGACAUCGGGCGGACCAGGCAAUGCAGCGGGAAAUAUCGACGAGUUACACCGUAUACUUGAGGACGCAGGGAAUCAAAUCGAGAUUAUUGUUGGUGGUGGCGUACGAAGUUCGAAUAUUGUGGAACUAACACGGCGCAUUCCUCUUCUGAAGAACAAAGACCAGGAACACUGGGUUCAUUCGUCGUGCCUCACAAGGGCAGCAUCGGAGGCCGUGGACGAAAAAGAGGUUGCCGCUAUACUGGGGGAAUUGGCAUAG